GCCUCCCUUAACCCUCACUCACUCUCACAAUCUCACCGUCAGAUUAGACCCAUCUCUCGCUCUCGGUCUCUCGCGGUCUCUUAGUCUCUCACUCUCACCCUCAGAUCAGACCUAUCUCUCACUCUCGGUCUCUCUCGGUCUCUCACUCUGACUCUCAAAUCAGCCCUCUCAGCCUUCUUCAUCUUCAUCAAGUAUGCGAUUUCAUUUUUAUCUUCACAUUUUAAGAGUUAAUUUUCAGACCUCUUUUCACUCUCAAAUGCAAUUUUUUCUGAGUCUAUUUUCACUCUCAAAUGCAAUUUUCUACGCCUCUUUUCCAACCUGCUAUGACAUUAAAAUUUUUGCCCUCUUUUGUCAAAAUCGAAAGUUUCAUGAUAACAUGGAUAUGCUGUUUAUAUGUCAUAAUAACAUGGAUAUGCUGUCAAAACAGAAAGUUUCAUAUGGCAUUUUUGUUUAUGUUGUUUAUGCAUAUGGCAUUUGUGUUUAUGUAUAUGGUUGAAUUUUGAAUUGGAAAUAUUCCUGU